AUGGACAACAUCUUCGCCGCCCACCAGCAGCAGGAGACCAAAGGCAACCUCUCCAAGACCAUCGACUCCGUCCAGUCCCUCAUCGACCUGCUCCAAAGCACCCGCGAUCAUGUCGCCGCCGACCCUUCCAUGUCCGCGCUCCACCUGGCGAAGCUCCAAACACCCGUCAAGCAGUCCUUCACCAAGCUGGAAGAGGAUCUCAAAGAGGUGAACAAGGGCAUGAACGCAUACCAGAAAGCUCUCAAGGACAAGUUCAAGACGGCGAGUCUGCCGACGAGCAGUAAUGAGGUGUUGAGCGAGAAGGAGGAUUUGGUGAAUCGCGCGAUAGCUAUGCACUUGCUGCGAGAGGGGAAGUUUAAUGUGGCCAGGACGUUUGUCAAGGAAGUCAGUGCGAGGGCACCGUCGGAGGAUAGCGAGGAGACGAUUGAAGUAGACUUGGAGACGGGCGAGCCACGUAACACGAGGAGCUGGAUCGAGGACUUGGCAGACGCGGAUGAUGUGAUGAUAGACGGCAUGGAGGCUGUGGCGGACGGAGAGCUGGAGCGUAGUGGGCUCCAGAGGAAGUUCACCGACAUGUACCACAUCCUCGACUCACUGCGGAAUCAGCACAACCUGGAGCCUGCAAUAGAAUGGGCACGACAGCAUUCCUUCGAACUCGAGAACCGCGGCUCCAAUCUUGAAUUCGAACUCGCCCGGCUGAAAUUCGUCGAACUCUACACAACCGAAGACAUCAUGGACGACGAACCAUUCGCGGGCCCUUUGCGAGCCCUGGAAUACGCCCGCGAAACAUUUCCCGCCUUCAACAACCGCUACGCACGAGAGACCUCAUGUCUCCUCGGCUCCCUCGCCUUCUCCCCAGAGCUAGGAACAUCCCCCUACAAGCCCUUCUUCUACAACUCCUCCUCCUUCGAAGAAGCCUCGGCGAGCUUCACACGCGAAUUCUGCGGAAUGCUCGGCCUCUCCUCCCAAUCACCCCUCUACACGGCCGUCACAGCCGGCGGCAUCGCCCUCCCGAUCCUCGAGAAAGUCGAACGAGUCAUGGCGCAGUCUAGAGGACAGUGGACGUCCGUGAACGAGCUCCCCGUCGAGACACCCCUCCCACCCGGCUUCGCAUUCCACAGCAUCUUCGUCUGCCCCGUCAGCAAAGAACAAGCCACAGAUGCGAACCCGCCGAUGAUGCUGCCCUGUGGCCAUGUCAUCGCGCGGGAGAGUCUGGAUAUGCACAGCAAAGGCAAGAGUCGGAUGAAGUGUCCGUAUUGCCCGAAUGAGAGUCAUCCGAGGGAGGCGAAGAGGGUGUAUAUAUAA